CAUGUGUAACGAGUGGAUCAUAUCGAGUACCUAGCGGUUAACGCCAGCUCGAACUCGUCAAGCUCGUUAAUCUUAACAAGCAAAAACCUGAGAUAAGCCCAAGUAGCUAAUGAGUUUUGAGCUUUCAUGUCCACCCCGACCGCUUGCUUGAUUACUACUUGUGUGGACGCCUUCAAUUUGACCCAAAAAACCUAGGGACCAAAGAAUGAGCAAUGAAUGAUUCAUGCCGGUUUUGACUAUGACUAGUCGCCAUAGUUGUGUUGCCAACCAAAGACACUCAUGCAUAGCUUAGUACAGCUAGCUGCAGACUAUAAUAACGCAAGGUCACCAGAUCGAUCAUAUCGACCGAUAUAUCCAGCCAUAAUCAUGUCAAUGCUGCUGCUUCUAAAUCUCAUUUUCAGCCCUGUAGUCCUCAUCCUUGCAGCCUUGGCUCUCGCACAAGAUGAGUUCCUCUUCUCGGGCUUUGCCGGAGCUAACAUCACCGUCGACGGCGUGGCCACAGUCACCCCAAACGGUCUCAUCGACCUUACCAAUGCCCAGGAGAGCCUCAAAGGCCAUGCAAUCUAUCCUGCGCCGCUCCCCUUCCGUGAAUCCCCCAAUGGCACCGUGAAAUCCUUCUCCGUCUCCUUCGUUUUCGCCAUCUACCCCAAUUACCGGCCCAGCCAAGGCAUGGCCUUCUUCAUCGCCAAGAGCAAGGAUUUCUCUUCGGCUCUCCCGACGCAGUACUUGGGCGUCUUCAACACCGUGAACCAGGGCAACUCCAGCAACCACAUCUUCGCCGUCGAGCUCGACACCGUCAACAACAGGGACCUGCUGGAUAUCGACGCCAACCAUGUUGGCAUCAACAUCAACAGCAUCGUCUCCAACAAGUCCAACACCGCAGGCUUCUACGACGACAAGACUGGCUCCUUCAACACUUUGAACCUCACCAGUGCCCAGGGGCUGCAGCUCUGGAUAGAUUAUGAAAUGCAGUCGACACGGAUCAAUGUGACCAUGAGUCCACUGAGUAUGGGUAAGCCAGCUCGGCCGCUGGUCUCGGCCAUCUACGACCUCUCAACGGUGAUCCAGGAGGAGGCAUACCUUGGCUUCGGCUCUUCAGCGGGCAAGGACGGCAGCCGGCACUACAUACUUGGCUGGAGCUUCGGCAUGAAUAGGCCGGCGCCGGCUAUUGACACGAGCAAAUUGCCAAGGCUGCCACGUUUUGGUCCAAAGCCUAGGUCCAAAGUGUUGGAGAUGGUAUUGCCAGUAGCAACAGCUGCUUUUGUCCUCACCGUGGGAAUCGCCGUUUUCCUACUUGUGCGAAGGCAUCGGAGGUACGCUGAGCUGCGAGAAGAUUGGGAGGUUGAGUUCGGGCCACACCGGUUCCCUUACAAGGAUCUGUACUAUGCUACACAGGGAUUUAAGAACAAGAACCUGCUUGGGGUUGGUGGAUUUGGAAGAGUCUACAAAGGGGUGCUGCAAACAUCUAAACUUGAAAUAGCCGUGAAGAAGGUAUCGCACGAAUCGAAGCAAGGCAUGAAAGAGUUCGUCGCUGAAAUCGUGAGUAUAGGACGGCUUCAACACCGUAAUCUCGUGCGGUUACUCGGCUAUUGUCGGCGAAGAGGAGAACUGUUUCUUGUGUACGAGCACAUGCCAAACGGAAGUCUUGACAAGUACUUGUUUCAUGGGGAUGACAACAAGCUGCAGCCUACCCUAAAUUGGACCCAAAGGUUCCAGAUCAUCAGAGGUGUUGCAUCUGGAUUGCUCUACCUUCACGAGGAGUGGGAAAAAAUUAUUAUCCACAGAGAUGUCAAGGCAAGCAACGUGCUCCUUGACGGCGAGAUGAAUGCCCGACUAGGUGAUUUUGGUCUUGCGCGGUUGUAUGACCAUGGCAUUGAUCCACAUAGUACGCACGUGGUUGGCACCAUAGGAUACCUAGCACCAGAGCUAGCAUGCACAGGGAAGGUAACCCCUCUUACCGAUGUAUUUGCAUUUGGCAUAUUUGUCCUUGAAGUUGUCUGUGGACAGCGGCCAAUCAAGCAAGAUAUACGAGAAAAACAGCCCAUGUUAGUUGAUCGGGUGGUUGAGCACUGGAACAAUGGAUCACUCAUCGACACUGUGGAUAUUAAGCUCCAUGGUGACUAUGAUGUAGAUGAGGCAUACUUAGCACUCAAGCUAGGACUCUUAUGCUCGCACCCAUUCAUGGAUGCGAGGCCUACCAUGCGCCAAGUGAUGCAGUAUCUUGAUGGGGACCGCAUAACACCAGAGUUAUCACCAAUGGACACAAAUUUCGACAUACUAGCCACAAUGCGAAACCAAGGAUUUGACCCGUAUCGGCAUACAUCCAUCUUUGUGUACUACCUGCGCUUCAUGGUGAUCCUCUCCCUUGGCCCCCCAAACCAUGUAGUUCUCUGCUCUGCACAGGCGGAUUCGUUCGUCUAUUCCGGCUUCCAAGGCGCCGAUAUCACCCUGGAUGGCUCCACCGCGGUCCAACCGGACGGACUCCUCCAGCUGACCAAUGGCUCCGACAUCAUAGGCUAUGCGUUUCACAGGGCUCCUUUGCGUUUCCGUGGAUCGCCCAAUUUCACGGUACAAUCCUUCUCGCUAUCCUUUGUCUUUGGCAUCCAAUCCGUAUUCGACAAGGAGAGCAGCGGCGGCAUGGCUUUCUUCAUUUCCCCUGGAAAGAACUUCUCCAACACCUUUCCAGGCAGCUUCCUAGGACUCUUCAAUCCCUCGACAAAUGGCAGCCCCAACAACCGCAUCUUCGUGGUUGAGCUUGAUACUUUUGGGAAUGGGGAGUUCAAGGACAUAGACAGCAACCAUGUCGGUGUCGACAUCAAUGGACUAAUCUCCAUUGAAGCCCACACGGCUGGUUUUUAUGAUGACAAGACCGGUAUCUUCAGAAACUUAUCCCUGAAUAGUGGGGAUCCGAUGCAACUGUGGGUCGAAUAUGAUGCACAAACCACACAGGUAGUGUUAACUUUGGCUCCCCUCGGCACUGCCAAACCUCAAAGGCCUUUGUUUACAACCACCACCAACCUGUCCAAUGUGCUCGAGGAGCCAUCUUAUAUGGGCUUCUCCGGUUCGACCGGCUCACUCAGCACGCUAUACUCUGUGCUUGGUUGGAGCUUUGGUCUGGAUGGCCCUGCUCCGGCUAUCAAUAUUGCAAAUCUUCCCAAGCUGCCUCAUGGUGAUCGAAAGGCCCGAUCUAAAGUCUUGGAGAUCGUCCUUCCGAUUGCCUCAGCGGCAUUCAUCGCUGUUGUGGGAACUGCCAUCAUCCUUUUCAUGCGAAGGCGCUCGAGGUAUGCCGAACUAAGGGAAGAUUGGGAGGUAGAGUUCGGGCCACAUCGAUUCUCAUACAAGGACUUGUACCAUGCUACAGAAGGAUUCAAGAAUCAGCACCUCCUAGGCGCGGGAGGGUUUGGAAAAGUGUACAAAGGAGUUCUCCCGGUCUCCAAAUUGGAGGUGGCCGUGAAGAAAGUGUCACACGAGUCAAGGCAGGGGAUGAAGGAGUUCAUCACCGAGGUUGUUAGCAUUGGCCACCUUCGACACCGCUACCUUGUGCAGUUGCUUGGUUAUUGUCGACGUAAAGAUGAGCUCAUUCUGGUAUAUGAGUAUAUGCCGAAUGGCAGUCUUGAUAGGUAUCUGCAUUUUGAAGAGGACAAGCCCAUGCUAGAUUGGACUCGGAGGUUUGGGAUCAUAAAAGGAAUCGCAUGUGGCUUGCUGUACCUACACGAGAAAUGGGAGAAAAUUGUCAUCCACAGAGAUAUCAAAGCAAGCAACGUUCUCCUCGACAACGAAAUGAAUGGACGGCUCGGUGAUUUUGGACUCGCAAGAUUAUAUGAUCAUGGAACCAACCUACAGACCACACAUGUGGUUGGCACUAUGGGUUACCUAGCCCCGGAGAUGUUGCGCUCGGGAAAGGCUUCUCCUCAAACAGAUGUGUUUGCCUUCGGCACAUUCCUUCUCGAGGUAGCAUGUGGGCAAAGGCCUAUCAAGCAAGACGCUGAAAAUAAGCAAAUCAUGCUUGUGGAUUGGGUACUUGAGCAUUGGCACAAUGGGACACUCAUACAAACCGUGGACGCAAGGCUCCAAGGUAACUUUGACCAGGACGAGGCCAACAUGGUGCUAAAGCUUGGUCUCUUGUGCUUGCAUCCGUUGGCCGCUGCGAGGCCUAGCAUGAAGCAAGUCAUGGAGUACCUCGAUGGAGAGACUGCACUGCCAGAGCUAGCACCUGCACAUUUCGACAACUUCCACAUGGUUUCCAUGAUGCAAGGAAGAGGAUUUCGUGCAUCCAUCUUGUCGUAUCCAGACGUAACCACGAGCGUCGGCACAUUCUCUGGUCUCUCAGGGGGUCGAUGAUCACAUAUGUUUGUGGUGUACAUUUUACUUCUUUGAUAUGAGCAUCUACUUAUUCUUCGUUUGAAAGAACAUGAGUCCACGUUGUUAUCUAUAUCAGUGCUUGCACGUAGUAUGAACAAUAAUUAUGCUUUACGUGAAGGCUUCUGUAUAUAGAGAAUUAAUCAGUAUAAAUUUGGAUGCCGCCAGGAAACUUAUAACAA